AUGAUGUUCUACACGCUUCUCUUCACGACCAAGCGAGGCCCUCUGGCCAAGAUUUGGUUGGCAGCUCACUGGGAGAGGAAACUCACUAAAGCUCAUGUAUAUGAAUGUAACUUGGAGACAAGCAUUAGAGACAUAAUUUCCCCAAAGGUAGGUCUAAACAUAUCUCAGAAGCACAACUCAAACCCUGUUGUUUAAUCCUGAUACAUUUUUAUUCACUUAUCUUUUGCAGAUGAAAAUUGGUUUACGCACCUCUGGUCAUCUGCUCAUUGGUGUGGUCAGGAUCUACUCCAAGAAAGCCAAGUAUCUCCUUGCAGACUGCAAUGAAGCCCUGCUUAAAAUCAAAAUAGCUUUCAGGCCAGGUAAAAUAGAGCAAAGGUUAAAGACACCACAGGGUUAUGUAAGAGUUGUUUUGCCACUUUGAUAAUGUAAAUAAAGGAUGUGCAUAGUGUGUAAGGUGUGGUAACAACUGUCAACCUGAAGUAUUCAUCAAAGGGAAAAGAGGCUUUAUGAAAAUACUCCUUGUUUUAACCUGCUUUAUUUAGUUUGUGUGACACUUUCCUUUGGAUAAAUUAGGCCAAAACUGCUCACAGAAAAAGCUGACUACAGUUAACUCAGCAAAAACGAUGCUUAUUCAGCAGCCUAAUCUAAUUGCAAGCAUAGAUUCACAAGGGAUGUUGAUUAUAUUUUACCCAUUACUUUAAUUUGAGUUUCUCAGGUGAACCCAGUCAUAACAAGUAGUCUUACACAGCAGUCCAACAUUAAAUCCCACCUUGAAGACAAUCUUGGCAUUGGGUAUUUGCUGAAAUAGCUUUGAAUAGUUGUUGGUUAAACCGUAUGAUAUAUUUAGGCUUGUGUUUUCAUCUAUGUAAUCAUUUGGGAUGCACCGGCAUUUCUUUUGUUUUCUUCAUUCUAUUCUUAGUAGUGAUGAUAUGCUAAAUGAGAGAGCACCACCAGAGGGGGAUAUUUGCAUAAUUACAAAAAGGCCCAUGUUGGGAAGGAAGCUACUCAAUGUCAAAUCGUUACAUGUGCUUUUAAUCCCUUUUAUGUGUUGUAUAUCACUGACUUAACUCCAUAGCUCAGAGUCAGCAUGAAAACACAUUUCUGCAGCUAGAAACAUGACUGCAAUUGUGACAAGAAGGUUGUGUAGUUGGUUAUGUAGUGUGAGAACCUGUAGACUUGUUGUAAUCAUUUGGAUGUCUGCCAUUUGUCUGUCACUCUUAAACCUGCAAACCUGUGACAACACACUGCCUGUAAUUUUUGUCUUAAUUUUUUUUCUACCCUUCAGUCAGUUGUAUGACAGCCUCCUUGAAAAUGCUGCAUCUUAUCUGUAUCAUGUGCUUUUCUUUCUUUUAACACCAGGUCAAACAGACAUGCCUGUGGAGGGGCUUGUGGCGACGAUAAAAGCCAUUACCUUGAUUGAAGAUUUCACAGAAUUUGAUUCCCAGAUGCCAGCCCUAAAGUAUGAAACUGUUUUAUUCUCAAUAUUAGGUUUUCAUGUUAGGAUGAGCAACUUUACUGAUGUUUUAAAUUAUAGUUCAGUGUUUUGAAUUCUGGAAGCAUAACAGCUGUAUCACCUUUUCUGUCUGUUGUCAACUUUAUGCUCUCUUUCCUUUGGUACACCAGCAGCAUGGAUGUUGUGGACCACUUUUCACUGAACCAGAGUCGAACAGAGGAUAUCACUAUCAAAGAAGAUUUCGGAAAUAGCUUUCAGAUGGAUUUUGGUAACAAGUCCUCAGUGUUGUGUGCUGUGCCCUCCUUAUCAGAUUGAAGUUAUUGCCAUCCUUCAGGCUUUGUUGUGAUCAUAUUGUUUAUUUCUAACUUUACUGAAAAGAUGAAUUUGAGUUUUUAUGUAUUUUUGUGAACAAAUCUCAGAAAAAGAAUGAAAUCAGUAAGGCAUUAUACCUACAAAUGUCUUUGUGUUUAGACAAAGCUUAAUCCUUUGUGCCAUGGCAUUCGGCUGAUGUUAUUUGUGACCUUUUCUUGGAGAUUUGCGUCAGCAGCAGGAAUUAAUAUAUUUGUGGCUGAGAUUCACAGAAAGGAUAGAAGGCCUGAGACAGAUUAGUGCAUCGUUGGUUGUAUUCUUCUCAGGGGAUUUUUUUUUAAGUAAAAAAAUAUUUGACAUUGUUCUGCUUACAAGUUAAAACAUGUUUGCUUUGCAGAGCUGACAUUCUCUCCUGAAUUAGCAUUUUUUUCUCCUUUGUUUGUUGAUGUGUAGAAGUCAAGCCACAGAGCAACGAGGAUGAGCUGCUGGAUACGAGCUUUCAGAGCCUGGCUAAACAGGAGGAUGCUUUUGGGGAUGAAGACAGAAUGGUCGACCUGCUUGGUAGUGACAUUUGGACUUAACAACCUAGAUAAUUUAUCAGUUCAAUAAAAAGCUAUAUUUAAGCCACAAGAAGAGCAUAAUGCAAUGAAAAUAAGCAAUCUUUGAGAUAUAAAUUAUAAAACUUGAUGGGAUUUAACCUCUUACUAAUGAAGUCCAGCCUCAUAUCAGACUAAAUGAUACUUGUACAAAAGAAAACAACAUUAUGAAAAUAAAAAUCUCGUGUUUUGCGGAAAAAAGUGUGUACAAGAUGUAUGAAGCUGUUAUGAUGAAAAACAACAAGACCUUAGAAUUAAUAUCAGUCAAACCCUUCUAGUAACACUUGGAAAAGGAAUAUUAUACAGUUUCUUUAGAUGUAAAGAAGAAACAACAACAUAAAGAAAAAAAUAAAGCUAUAGAAAUAAAAAAAUAUAGACACCUGGCACAUGUUUCACUGAAGAGUCAGAAGUUAUUAAACUCCAUGUGGAGGUUCUCAGGAAUCUGCCCUAGUUUCCCAGGAGUAUGUGAAGUUUAUCAAGCCGCUAAAGAGCAAUGUUCUGCCCAUAAACUGAAAUAUUUGACGGAAAUUGAAUUGAAAUGAAUAAAUACUUUCUGAAACACAGCAGGCCUGACUGUUCAGUUGCUCUUAAUACCCAGAAGUUGAUUCUCUCUGCUCUCAUUCAUCAAUCUUGUAGUUUAUUGCGAGACAAAUCUCUCUUGUGCUGCUAAAAUUAGGAACUUAAAUUAUCAAAUUAUUCUUUUCCUAUCUUUGUUUUGUAGUGAUAAGUAAAAAUGGAUGAUUUUUUUCUUCUUUAAUGAUUUUGCAGACUUCCUGACAAACUCCAGUGAUCCAUCUGAGUUCAUCAACUUAGUGCGUGAAGCCCCUCAAAAUGAAAACCAUGAGAUCUCUGCCCUCAAUGACCAACAAGGUACAACACAGUCUCAUACAGUAACUCAUCAGAAGACAAACUGCUCAAAGACAAGCAAAGUGGACUCCAUGUGUUUCACAGAUACCAGCAGAAUGGAGAUUGAGACCCCACUACAGACUGAGACCAGCCUGCUUGGGAUUGAGGAGUCAGCGUUUGCCCUUGAACCUGUGGCCAUCACGCGUGAGCAUAAAACAAAAAACUACUACUAUACUGUAACAAUUAUACUCAUCAUUGACACCCAAAAGGAGCCAAAAAUACAACAAUUGAAAGGCUGAUCUGCUGCUGAUGCCUUGACAGAAAAACAGUAGAGCUUUAUAACUUGUUCUCACGCUCUCUCUUUUCAGCAAACUCUGAGAGGACCAAGGGGAAAAGGAAGCGCAAGCUCAUGGUGGACCAGACUAAAGAGCUGACGAGGGAGUUCAUGAUAAAGCAGCUUUCUGAUUACUCAGAUCUGGUCUCCCAGUUGGACAUGGCCCCCCCAACACUGCAGCUCAUGCAGUGGAGGGAGAGCGGAGGAGCAGAUAAACUCUUUUCACAGCCGUGUUCCAGCAUGGUAGCUCCACAGAUGAAGGAGGUAAACACACAAACACAGGAGGAUGCGUGUGUUGGUACAUUAGGUCCAUUUCUGCCCAAAUAAGAAAUAUCGUUGAAUUCCAGCUAGAGAGACAGGGAUAGUGGACUGAAAUGCAAAGUCACUCUAGAGCAGGACCUGAGAGCUCUGACCAUAUGCUCUAAUCAUGUCUUUUCUGCAACUGAGUUUGGUCUCAUGAGCCAAGCUUUUGACGCUCUGUGGUAUUUAUAUUUUUACUUUGGCACAGUGUGAAUCUGCAGUGAUAGGCUGCUGAACGCUGAAGGGAGACUGACUUGGUGCCUAUUUUUAUAUUUUGCAGCAUUCAGCACACUUGUUUGAUGCUUUUGUGAAUGCAGGGUUCAGUAUGGUCACGACAGACUGUAGUUGUGCACAGUUUGACUCUCACAGUUGCACAUUUAGUUUGAUAAACUUCACCGCAAAGAACUAGUGUACUGCAAAUACUUAUAGAGUAAAUAAGGCUAUUUUGAGUCACAUAAUAACAGAGACAGAAGCAUACAGAGCUACUGAUACACCAAAUGGUUGGGGAUUACUAUACUGUACCCUCACACCACUCAUGGAAAUUGCUGCUCUUAUUAUAAAAUCUCAUGUUGCUUUGCAGCUCUUCGUCAAGAGUGUCGCCCUGAAGAGAGUUAACAAUGUUCAUGAGGAGGCUGAGUUUAUGCGCCAAGGUGGACAAGAAGGUAGAAACCAAACUGUUCAAAUAGUAAAAAAAAAAAAAAGCAUCUCACUCACUGACUUUUUAAGAGAAUUUGUAUCAUGUAUCGUAUAGCUCAGAGAGACAUCAGCGCCAUCACCACAGAGAGCAUCAGUGUUGCAGAUUCACUGAUAGAUCCUGAACAACCAAACACCUCUGAGCUGACUGUCCUCGCUGAUACGAGUGACAGCCACUGGGAGAAACGACCAAAGCGUGCACAGGUAAGCGUGUCAAGUGAAGAGUCUAAUCGUGGUCUAGAUUUUCUGCAUGGUUCAUUUUCGUCUCAGGUAUUUUUAGUGUAGUUUUUUAUCUAUUGCAUUUAUCUUUCAGGUUGUAAACAGGUCAGAGUCCACUCAGCCGGACCUUCCAUCAGAGGACUCCAUGUUCGUCCAUCCAUCUGGCAUGGAGCAGACGACUCAGUCAAGUUCCCUCCUCUCUCAGGUACUUGUGGACUCACACACAGAGUUACAAACAGAGACUGAGCAGGGAGUUUUCUCUGUUGGACUCCACACUUGGAACAAAAUUAAACUAAUAGUGGGUAUUUUAUCUGUGAGAAUGGGUGGGACAGUAGGCGAGCAAUGAUCUAUCAGUGUUUGCCAGAUGGCUGGUAUUAAUUUCCCAUGCUGCCUUGGAGAUGCGCCCGGCAUCACAGACUGAAAUAACGUCCCUUUUCUAAACCUGCAGUCUAUGCUGGAGAGCCAGGACUUUGAGGAGAGGAAGAUAACCAGGCGCGCUCAGAAGCUUCUCGACACACUCAGAGUAAGGAGCUAAAAAUAAACGCUCAGGUGUUUGACUCGCAGUGAAAUCAGCCAAAUCAUCUUACACAUACCGGUUUAAUAUCUCUAAAGCCGGCGUGUUUAAGAUACUGAACUGUUAUGUCUCUGCUCUAUAUCCAGAAUGAUAAAGUGAGCAGGGAUUUAAAAAUAAGAGCACCAGAUAGGUUUAGAGAUGAUGUUAGGAAAUUAAAAUCUUACAUGUGUGUUUCUGUCUGUGUGUGGUAGAGCCAGAGCAACAGCAGCACCACCUUCAGCCUGGAGGCGCUCUGUAAGGGAGGAUCCCGCUGGAGAGCCGUCACCACUUUCUUCUGUUUCCUGGUCCUGAAGAAACAAAGAGCCAUCGAGCUUUACCAGAGAGCGCCUUAUGAGGACAUCUUUGCCACGCCUGGAGCCAAAUUCUGUGAUUAGAAGAAGAAACAAAAGAGAUAACACUUGCAAAGUUAAAGUCCUGGUUCGACAAGCGGCGUGUUUGUGUUUCUGUGUCAGUUUUAGAGUAAAAUUUAAUCACACAAUUGGUUUCUGUGUUCAACUUUAAUAACUUGAAAAGAGAAAUCUUCUUCUUCUUUAUUUUGAAAAUCUGGGGGUGUAUCAAUGAAAGGAUAAUUUAUCUAAAACUCUUUGUGAGACUGAAGUUAUCUAUUUAUCUUUUACUGAUGUUUUAUAAUUGUUUGUCCGAUGUUCCUCGGGAGUUGAAAGUCUUCUGUGUUCAGUUGGUGUUUUACUCUGGUUCCUCUUUCUGUUUACAUUUUAAAAAACACGUAAUGUAUUUAAAACCUGUUGUUCAGAAAAACAAAGUAGACUUUUUAUUCCAGGAAAGUGUUUGUCAGGUGUUUCAGUAUGAGGUUUAAAUCAGUGGUUCUCAAGUCCAGUCCUCGAGGCCCACUGUCCUGCAUGUUUUGGAUGUUUCCCUGCUCCAACACACCUGAUUCAAAUGAUCAGCUCGUUAUCAAACUCUGUAAUGGCUUAAUAACGAUCCAAUCAUUUGAACCAGGUGUGUUGGAGCAGGGAAACAUCCAAAACAUGCAAGACAGUGGGCCUCGAGGACUGGACUUGAGAACCACUGGUUAAGAUUACUUCUGUAUGUUUGAGUUCUGAGUUUGAAACGUCAACAAAAGUGUUCAGCAUGUAUUUGAAUAUUUCUGGGUUUGUACAAUCCAAGUGUGUUGAUAUUUCUACUUAACUUAACUAGUUUAAUAUUAUACAGCGUUAUUAGCAUUAAAGUUACAUUCACUCUUUGUUGUUUAACAUUGUGCUCAUCACAAACCUUCAUAUACUAUUUUAUUUAUUCAGUGGUAGGUAAAACUGGAAUUCUGUGGUGUUAUGUUUAUGUUUCUUGUUCUUGGAGUUCAUUGUGUUUACUAUCUAUAAAGUUCACCCCUUUGUCAGCAUGAGUCAUAUUAAAAAGUACACGAUUACA